AAGAAAAUAUGCAAAGACACGUUGUGCAAUGUGGGUGUUAGUGCACUAGCUUCCCGUUUUCAUUGACAUUUUCUUACGGGACACAAUAAGUCGUGUCGUUUUCAUCUUUAGAUUACACAGAUAUACAGGUCAGUGAAAGACAUUUGUAGUGCAACACGUCAUGCUUAUGCUGUGGGUGUGGCGUGGAUCUGAAUAUAAGAAGGAGAGGCAGCAUGUCAGUCGGGCAUCUCGGUUCCACAACGAGGUGACAUCACACUGCAUUUCAACUUCAGCAAGAAAACAAAGGAGCAGUGAAACCUGGACGAGGGACGCAGUCACUUCUUCAUCAUUCAGCCUGCAUCUGUCCUGUGCGGCGUUCAGGGUCGUUUUGGCAUCUUUAGCGCGUCUGCUAACUGCUAACAAGCUCCUUCAACGUCCAAUUGUUUUUCUUCCUGUGGAACAGGGGAUUUUAACUCUAGGCUUUUCUAGAGCGGAGGCCUGCUGCUUCCUCCUCUAAAACUAGAACGACCUCAGUGCCGGUGGAUAACCCCCUCCGAAGCACACCUAGUGAAUUUGACCUGGCGGUGGAUACUACAGCUUCCAUCCAGACAGCAAACCAAAGCAGAGCAUUUCCAUGGCUAUUUUUUGUUAAAUUAUUGAAUCCAAAACUUUGACUAUUUUCGUUUUUUUGAAAGGAUUCGUAAAACUUACAUUUUUCCAAUAAUCUUUAAAAAAUGGGUCCCGGAUUGGAGGCGGCGGACAUAGCUGUGGUAGCACUUUAUUUUGUCCUGGUGCUGGUCAUCGGGUUUCUUUCCAUGUGGAAAGCCAAUCGCAGCACUGUGAGUGGCUACUUCCUGGCCGGACGCUCAAUGACAUGGAUAGUGAUUGGUGCGUCGCUCUUUGUCAGCAACAUUGGCAGCGAACAUUUCAUAGGCCUGGCCGGGUCGGGAGCUGCGAGCGGCUUCGCUGUUGGAGCGUGGGAAUUUAAUGCGCUUCUUCUUCUGCAGCUGCUGGGCUGGCUGUUUAUCCCGGUGUAUAUCCACUCAGGAGUGUACACCAUGCCGGAGUACCUGUCCAAACGCUACGGUGGCCACAGGCUGAAAUUGUAUUUUGCUCUUUUGUCUGUGUUACUCUACAUUUUUACCAAGCUCUCAGUGGACUUGUAUGCUGGAGCUCUCUUUAUUCAGGAGUCCCUUGGGUGGAACCUCUAUCUAUCAAUCUUCCUGCUCAUCAGCAUGACUGCCGUGCUCACCGUCACCGGGGGAUUGGUCGCAGUGCUCUACACGGAUGCACUUCAGGCGGUGUUGAUGAUCGGCGGAGCCCUGACUUUAACCAUCAUCAGCCUCAACAAAGUCGGUGGACUGGAAGGCGUCAGGACUAAGUACAUGCAAGCAGUCCCCAACGUCUCUGCGAUAGUGGCCUCUGGAAAUUUCACCUAUUCUCCUUCCUGCCGCAUCGAGCCCAAACCAAACUCGCUGCGCAUCCUUCGCGGUCCUCUCGACGAAGACAUCCCGUGGCCGGGCUUCAUUCUCGGCCAGACCCCUGCAUCUAUUUGGUACUGGUGUGCAGACCAGGUUAUUGUGCAGAGAGUCCUCGCCGCAAAGAACAUCGCCCACGCCAAGGGCUCCACCCUCAUGGCUGGGAUGCUAAAGGUCCUGCCGAUGUUUCUAAUAGUCAUUCCGGGGAUGAUCUCUCGCAUUUUGUUUGCAGACGAGCUCGCGUGCAUCGGGCCGGAGCAUUGCAUGGCUGUCUGCGGUUCUCAGGCUGGCUGCUCAAACAUCGCCUACCCACGCCUGGUCAUGGCGGUGAUGCCAGUGGGACUCAGGGGUCUGAUGAUGGCGGUCAUGAUUGCUGCCCUGAUGAGUGAUCUUGACUCGAUUUUUAACAGUGCAAGCACCAUCUUUACACUGGACAUCUACCAGACUUUCCGAAAGAAAGCAUCUCAACAGGAGCUGCUUCUUGUAGGCCGCAUGUUUGUUAUUGUCAUGGUGGCAAUCAGCAUCGCCUGGGUCCCUGUUAUUAUUGAUAUGCAAGGCGGACAGACGUAUCUCUACAUCCAGGAAGUUGCUGGCUACCUUACUCCACCAAUUGCAGCCCUCUUCCUGCUCGGUGUCUUCUGGAAACGGUGCAAUGAGACAGGUGCAUUUUGGGGAGGCAUGACUGGUUUCACACUUGGCGCCAUAAGACUGGUCCUGGCUUUCGUCUACCGCCAGCCCCGCUGCGACCAGGCAGACGAUAGGCCCGCCUUAAUCACUAAAGUUCACUACAUGUAUUUUGCUGCUGGGCUUUUCUGGAUUUCGGGGCUGGUGGCUGUAGUGGUUAGCCUCUUCACCUCGCCACCAGAUGAGCAGCAGAUUAAAACCACCACGCUCUGGGGGCUCCGCAACAUUGAAAAAAUCCCCGCUAAGGAACGUGAUGAAACAUACAGGCUGACUGAGAGUAGCCUCAGUAACGGCAAUGGAAGUCUGCGCAAGGAAAUUCCUGCAGAUGUCAGAAAGGAAAGGUGUUUUGACGGGGCAGAUGUCAAGCUCCUGGUGCCAUCCACUGACCAUGACCCCGCCACCCCGAGUACAGAAACCUCCCCUGCCACCUCCCCUGCAGAAGGCUUUGGUAAUGGAAGAAUGGAGAUGGCCAGAGCGGAAGAAGGAGGCAAUGCUAAUGGGGAGAGAGGCAGGUGUUUGCAAUUACUGGAAUGGUUUUGUUGUUAUAAAGAAGCAGCAGAGAGUGCUCCACACAAAACAGUGCAGGAGGACAGUAGAGUCAUUGCAGAGUUGCUGUAUGAAUCACCCAAAGUUAAAGCUCUUCUUAACUGUGGCCUGGUCUUCGUCUGCUCUUUGGGGAUCUUCAUGUUCGUUUAUUUUUCACUUUAGUGGAACCCUGCCCUAAAAACUUACAGGGAACUGGUGUGAGGGUCCUGCUGGGGAUUGGGGCCGUUUCAAACAGUUGAAUUUCUGAGAUUUGGAAAGCUCUGUCUGUAAUAUUUACAGUUGUAUUUUUCUCUCUAACAGGGAUCUAAGCUGAUUCUGUUUCUGUUUUUUAAAUGAUGAAAUCCUCUUCACAUGAAAAAAGUUGUACUCCUUUAUGACUAUGAAGCUUAAUUGGCACGGGGGGUGGGGGGGUGUGUUCCAUUUUGUACAGCGCUUGUUAAUCCUGUUCAGAAUAUCUACUGGGAAUUUUUAGAAUUGUACUCAAAAGUGAAUUUCAAUAUUUGAUAUGCACUAGUCUUCUCUUAGUUUUGUGAUAGAAAAAGAACAGACAUGUUUUCUGUGAUUUAAGUGUUUCAUCCACUCAGUGACUGUGACUGUUGAAUUUGUUGCUUGUGUAGCAUACAUGUGUCUCUCGUAACUCAAAAAAACUGUUUUAGUUGAUAGGUCACUACAUUUCUAAGUUCCUGCUGCUUAACAGGAUAUUACUGCGCAUUAUAUCAGCAAAAUUUAAUGUAGGCUUAUGUGAUUUCAAUAUAAUUUUACUUGUGCUCUAGACAGUCUUUUUAAGAUUGUUAGCGAAUUACCAAAUAAAUAUCACAUUUGUUGUUAGAAAGAUGUAUUAUUGGGAUUAUUUUUAUACAUUUGGUGACAUUAUGACAAAUAUUAAGUGCUUAGCAUGCUUCUCUUCUGCUGUUAUGUAAGGCAGUUAUUCUUGUCAUAAUGCCUGGGUUUAAUAUUCCUACUUAAGGUAUCACAUCAGAACUCAGCUCAUCAAGCUUAAAGUUGAUCUCUGCUGUUUCAAAUGUGACAGUUUUCUGCAGCACAGGAAAUAAAAAGAGGCACUAAAUAACACCUUUUUGUACAUUUUAAAGGUCAUGUUUGCUCUUAAGAGAGCUAUUAUAAUAUAGUAUGAAACUUGUAUAACUUUAUUCAAUGUGGCUUCUGUCCAAUAUGUUUCCACUGAUGACCAGAUUGAAGUUACAACUGGAGUUUUAUUGUUAUUUUUUACAGUGUUUUACACAUUGUGUUUGAGACUACUGUGUUCUUGUUUAAAAUGUUAUUUCCGUGGCUGUUACAUUUCCAAUCCAUCAUACAGCCUCUUGAUCAACUCUUGGACCAUGAGAGAGAAAAAAACAAAGACCAAUCUUGAUGAUUCUGUGUGGGUUUCUGUAUUUCUGACUUUGUGUUUCAUCAUGUUUAAAAGUGUGUUGACGUUAACAUCGUGCUGUUUGUAUCACUCUGAUAUAUUUUGUGUAUCUCUUGUUUGUCUAUGUACCUUGAGUGCGCGGCAGUGCUGAAAUGUCAUUUAAAUUUGUUUCAAGUGCAUCUUUUAUAAACAUCCUACCAAUGGUGUCUUAGCGUGCAAUGCAUAAGUGAAAAAAAGUCAAAACAAAAAAACAUAUAAGAGUCCAGUUUUAUGCUCUGAAAACGUUUUACAGUGAUAACAACAUUUCUUUAAAGGUUAUCUUAUGAAUCCGCUUUGUCGUGUAGUAGAUUGUCUGUUAUUUAACGAUCAUUAGAGGAUGAUAAUGCAGAGCAGAAAUAACAUUUCACUCUGUUCUUUUCGCUCACUUUCGCUCUUUCAUGAAUACCUACUAACUUAAUGAUGAUGGUCUCCAUAUUAUUGAUGAUGAUGGUAAUGACGAUGGUUUUUGUUUGAUAACGACGACUUAUAAGAUGGUUUCUAUACUGAUUAGAGCUCUCAAGAACUGCCCUCAAUGUUGUGCUUUGCCUCUGGUCACUUCCUGUCAGCACCUGUGUGUCCAAUCAGACUCAAAGCUGAUCGUUUGCUCUUACUGACAUUGUUCCCUUUUUUCUAGAUCCUUGCUUGUGUUGUUCUUACUCUCUGAUGUACGUCGCUUUGGAUAAAAGAGUCUGCAGAGUGAAUUGUAGAAUUGUAAACUUUAUUUUCAGUAACUCAGCGAGGAGUUGAACUGGCCCUCUGAGCUGUGGUCGCUUCAACACUGUAAAGGUUCAGAACAUUCCCAAAGGAAAAUGCUUGUGUUUAAACACAUUUUUAAAAUUUGACAGCAGUGAUGAAUGACUAAAACAUUAGGUCCUUAGCAUGUGUGUGUAUUUCAGUUCAUGUUUGUGUAGCAUGUUUACUAGACAGAGUGUAAAAACGAAUUUCCCUCGCGGGAUCAAUAAAGUAUAAAUUCUUCUUCUUCUUCUUCUUAACACGAUGAUACACUCCUAAUUCAUUGUAAAAAAUGAUGCACAAUAAAUGAUGACUGAUAUGAUGUCUGUAUGUGAAAGAGCUUUAAACGUGUCUUUGAUUUCUGAGAGAGUACACAUUGUUAUUUUUAUGAAUUGAAUUUUAUUUUCUGAGACUGAAAUAAAGUUUUGUGGAGAUAAAUAAGA